GUGAUUUAAUUUUUUUUUUCUAUUAGUUCCUCAGCUUCUCUAUGGAGGAAAGCUUGAUUUUCUGGUGUUUGAUUAUCUUUCUGAAAUUACCAUGUCACUGUUAACUGCUGCGAAAGCCAAAUCUCCAGAUUUGGGUUACACGCCUGAUUUUAUUUUGACUGCAAUGGCUCCCUAUAUAAAGGAUAUUCAUAAGAAAGGUGUUCGUGUGGUUAGCAAUGCUGGUGGAGUGAAUCCACUUGCAUGUGCUGCUGCUCUUCAAGAUGUGGCAAAGAAAGCCGAUGUUGAUUUGAAAAUAGCUGUUGUUGCUGGAGAUGAUCUAAUGGGCGAGAAAGAUAACCUAAAAGGAGCUGGUAUCGUGGAUAUGGAGAGUGGGAAGCCAUUUCCUGAGGGUAUUCACAGCAUGAAUGCAUAUCUUGGAGCAAGACCAAUAAGCAGAGCUCUUGACCUUGGAGCUGAUAUUGUUGUGACUGGCCGAUGUGUUGACAGCAGUAUUGUGUUAGGACCACUCAUUCAUUCUUUUGGCUGGAACAGGGAUGAGUUUGACUUAUUAGCAGCUGGCAGUCUUGCAGGCCAUCUCAUUGAAUGUGGUGCUCAGAGUACAGGUGGAAUAUUCACAGACUGGCAUGCUGUACCAGACUGGCAUAACAUGGGGUUUCCCAUAGUUGAAUUUUCUUCUGAUGGACACUUUAUUAUAUCCAAGCCACCAGACACAGGAGGCCUAGUCUCUUUCGGUACUGUGGCUGAACAAUUGGUGUAUGAAAUUGGCAACCCUCAACGUUAUCUCUUACCAGAUGUCACAUGUGACUUUUCUCAAGUGUCCAUUACUGAAAUUCCAGGCAUUGAAGGUGGAGCAGUGAAAGUUCAUGGAGCAAAAGGAUCACCUCCUUCAACAUUUUAUAAGGUAAAUGCCACUUACCUCGAUGGUUACAGAGCUACAGCUGUCUGCCCAGUAGGUGGGCCGAAGGCAGUGGAAAAAGGAAGGCGAACAGCAGAAAGCAUUCUGAAAAGGACUCGCCUUAUUUUCAGUCAACUUGGGUAUGAAGAUUAUAGUGCAGUUAACAUACAGAUUUUAGGUUCUGAAGAGACAUAUGGACCGCAUGCAAAAAAGCAUAUAGAUGGUGGUCCUCGAGAAGUGGUUAUCUGGCUUGCUGUACACCAUAAGCAGAAAAAGGCUGUGGAAAUCUUCUCAAAAGAGAUUGCACCAGCUGGAACUGGAAUGGCACCUGGUCUCACUGCAAUUGCUGGAGGGCGUCCAAGCGUGUCUCCAGUUUUGAAACCAUUUUUCUUCCUUUAUCCCAAAAGAAAUGUUAAGAUCAACAUUUUCUUGAAUGGACAGCAGGUAGAAGCAUUUGAAGAAGAUCUUACAUUUACAUCAGAUGCAGUUGUUUCAUUUGAUCAACAGAAGACUGAAGAUCAGUUAAAAGAUCUGCCAAGUGGUCCACAUACAUAUCGCUUAGAAGAUCUUGCCUAUACCAGAAGUGGAGACAAAGGAAACUCUGCCAACAUAGGUGUGAUAGCACGGCAUCCUCUCUAUUACCCGUACCUAAAGAAAACUUUAACAGCUCAAGCCCUAGAAGAUUACUUCCAGCAUCUUUUAGAAAGAACAAACCCUGAAGAAAAGUUAAUCACAAGAUAUGAGUUACCAGGAAUAAAUGGAUUAAAUUUUGUUCUGAAGAAUUCCCUUGGUGGUGGUGGUAUUGCAUCUUUAAGAAGUGACCCACAGGGCAAGGCAUUUGGGCAGAUGCUACUGGAUUUUCAGAUAAAAAACAUUCCAGAUUUAAAGUCACUGAUAGAGUAACAAUUAUGGAGUACAUUCAUUUUCAAAAACUUUGACUGAAUACAUACAAACACUAGCUUCUGAGACAAGUUAAAAAAGAUACAAAAGAAAGCAGUGGUGACAGUUAUCUCUCACAGACUUAAAUAUACAGUACAGAUAAGUGAACGUUUUGAGUAAUACCAGACAAAUAGCUUUGUGACCGAUUAAUGUUUCCUGUCUAGUUAGUGCAUUGGAUGAAGAGUUAAUUUAUUUCCUGUAAGAUGUAAUUAAUCAAAUUACAAAAAUAACAUAUUUUACUGAGAUAACCAAAUAUUUGCUUUCCCAAAAUGAAAACUUCCUUCCCUUCCAGUUCUUCUUAUUCUCUUCCUUUAGAUCUUUCUUUGAUAAUUAAGAGGAAUGAUACUGAAUACUGUCAGCUACCCUAGCCCACCAUUGUCAUGCUUACCUUCAGUCUACCCUGUGAACCUGCAGUAGAUAUCCCUUAUGACAUUGGAGCAAGUAGAUAACCGGGUACUCCUCAUCAGAAGGUCAGCAUUCACCAACAACUGCCACACUAUGGUAUCAGAGAUCAGUUUUGCUUUAUACUUAGGGAAGUCAUUAAUGUCAGUUUCCCUGUUAUCACGACAUAGAGACUAACAGUCUAUAUUAACUGUUAAGGGUGACCACUGUAACUGCAAGGUUAUCUGCAGUGAUAGAAAAAAGGCAAGUAUUUUUUACCUCUGGUAUCCUAGUUGAUAAUAGUCCAUCAGUUGAACAGCCCCAAAGUAAUAUACUUCUUGGCAUGAAGCUAUUUUGAAAUGCUAAGUUAGAUUUUUCUCCCCCAUUUUGUCUCUUUUAAGAUACUGCUGUACAACAGAGGUGGUGAAAUCCAGCCCUAUCAUCUAUCAUUACUGAAAAUUCCCCUUGUGUUAGGGAGUUCCCAACAGGCAUUCAGCCAGUUGAGAGGUCUCUUGCAUUGCCCUUCCCCAUAACCCUACAAGGGAAAAGCAUGCUGGGGGGAGGAAAGAGCCAUGUCUAUGCACUGUACUCCAGCCAUCAUCACUUUCCAUGGGGACCACGUCCAGCUGGUAACAGUUGAGACAGCGCAUAGGGUGACCUGUUCUUUAUCAAGGUUGGUACUAGGCAGAGUGUAUCAAAUUCCCUGUGGCAGUCAACAUAGUGGAGAUUCAGGCCCAAUAAUUGUCUGCAUGUCCUGCCACAAAGACAAGUAAAUCUUUACAUUAAAAGAAGAUCUUAGUGGAAAAUAUAUAGGUGUUUUUUAUUCAGAAAUGUGUUAUCCUGUUCUUCAGAAAAUAACAUAUUGCUGUAGUUGGUUAAUGCUGAAAAAUGAGAUGUUACUAAUAUUGAUGAACCCAUAAUGAUAUGGGUAGGUGUCAUGUAAAUUCAAUCAAAAAUCCCUGCCAGUGAAGCUCAGCCCUGUUGUAUAAUAUUACUGCUAAUUAUGUGCUAGUUUAGCAACAGCAGCACUGUACAUUAAAUUGUUCCAGUUUGUUUUGAGGUUUUGAACUUGACUACUUUGAGAAUAUUGUUAGGGAUAUGUUGGUGUCACAGGCGAUGACAAAAAAGAAUCUCCCAUUCGAUUGAAUGGAGCCAUGAUUUAAACACACAUUAUUUUCACUUGCAACCUAGGCAGGAAGAUGUAAGAAGAAAACAUACAAAAGAGUGUGUCAGCUAGUAAUUUAAUAUUUUCGGACAUAAUAUUAUUUGCACAUCACUUUUAAGUCUGGGUUUCAUGACAAGAAAGUCACAGGAUUGUCAUAGACAAAAACAUGCUGAAGUAAAAAGAACUUUUUGAAGAAAAAUCAGUGCCCAGUACUUAAAUUGUUUACAUUUGUUUUGUCUUAGAAAAGUGUGAAAUAAUUGUCAUUCAUAGUUUGAAAGCACAUUAAGAGGUAUCUAGCAGCCAAGUUUUUUUAAAUUCAUGGAAUAGUAGACAGAGCAGGAUGAGGACCAUUGGCCAAAUCCUCAGCUGGAGUGAAUGGUGUCACUCUGUUAAAAUCAGUGGAGUUAUACUGAUUUAGACCACCUAGAGAGUUGCCCCAGGACCUUAUUUAAUACUUUAAAUAGACAUGUUUUGUCAUGUUAAUCAUGGCUCUGCCAAACACAUGCAACUUAUUCAUCUGCUGUUUUAAACAAUUGUAUAAGUGCAUAUGCGACUACUUUGAUAUGAAAAGUAAACUUCUAAAAAGGAUAAA